GUGGCUGCGGCAUCCCGGAAGUGUCGCGCCGCACGUGUCGGUGGCAGGCGACAUGCGGCAGGCGACAUGCUGCUGCUGCCCGUGUCCGUGCGGGACGGAGACUCGAAGCCUCGGCGGGCCCGGCUCGUUCACCGCCUCGCCGGCUGGUUCCGGUCCAUUCUCGCGGACCAAAUCUCCCGCAACUUGUUCUUCUUCCUCUUGCUCAACCUCUCCUUCGCGUUCGUGGAGCUCUUCUACGGGAUAUGGAGCAACAGCCUGGGGCUCAUCUCGGACUCGUUCCACAUGUUCUUCGACUGCACGGCCCUGCUGGCAGGGCUGGCGGCGUCCGUCAUCUCGCGGUGGCACGCCAACGACGCCUUCUCCUAUGGGUACGUCAGGGCAGAAGUGAUGGCUGGCUUUGUCAACGGCCUCUUUCUGAUCUUCACAGCUUUCUUCAUAUUCUCCGAGGGCAUUGAGCGAGCCGUAGAGCCGCCGGAGGUUCACCACGACCGCCUCCUCACCGUCUCCGUGCUGGGUUUCUUCGUGAACCUCGUCGGAAUCUUCGCGUUCCAGCAUGGCGGGCACGGCCACUCCCACGGAGGACACGGGCACAGCCACGCGCAGCACAACGGCGACAAGCAAUCCCACGGCCACUCGCACGGCCAAGGCUCGUGCCACGGCCACCACGGUCAUGAAGAGGAGGAGCCUUCCAUCUCCACUGGCUCCAAUAAGCAGAUCCUGCAGGGUGUGUUCCUGCAUAUUGUGGCGGACACUGUGGGCAGCAUCGGGGUGAUCAUCUCCACGCUGCUGAUGCAGAACUACGGCCUCAUGAUCGCCGACCCCAUCUGCUCCAUGAUCAUCGCCGGGCUCAUCUGCGUCAGUGUCAUUCCUCUCCUGCGAGAUUCAAUCGGCAUCCUGAUGCAAAGAACGCCGCCCAGCCUGGAGCCUGUGCUGCCUCAGUGCUAUCAGAGGGUGCAGCAGCUGCAAGGCGUGUACAGCAUCACGGAGCCUCACUUCUGGACGCUGUGCAGCGACGUGUUCGUUGGCACCGUCAAGCUCCACGUGGCGCCAGACGCCAACGCCAGGUGGCUGCUGAGCCAGACUCACAGCAUCUUCACGCAGGCUGGAGUGAGGCAGCUCUACGUACAGAUCGACUUUGCUGACGUCUAGGCCUUAAUUCUCAUCCGCAAAGCAGCGGCUGCCCCCUUUUUAAAUACCAAGGGACCAGAAUUCAUUUCUUUUAAAGCAUUUUUGUUGCGUCUUAUUGAUUGAACAUGUUUAACCCUGUGCCAUGAAUCUUAAAAAAUAUAAAUAUAUUUAAAGACCAUAAAUGCAUGGUGUUAUUUAUACACCAGUUGUACAUUCUGUUUGUCCUUUUUAUGUAGGACGCAGGGAAUUACUUGGGACCUUAUUUGCAUUAAUUUAUAUUGCUCCUAAUGACUGUGGGGUGAAACGGUGGCACAAUGGUUAGCACAAUGCGCUGUGAGCCCAGCAACACGAGUUAAAAGUCCGUGUUAUGCUGUGUGUCCGAGAAACGUGCUGCCAAGCGUCGAUUUUGUUGGUGUAUUCAAAGUGCCGAUUUAGUUGAGACCGUUUUGCUUUCAUGACCGAUGCUGUGCCUGUCUUGGCGUCCCACGCAGGGUCUAGCAAGGUGACGAUGCCGGACGGUCAUCUCAUUCAGCCAGACGCAUAAUUACCUUCUGAAUGUGUUUAUUUAACAACCUGUGUUUAAAUCUGUCAUUAAUUUAGAGCAAGGAAAGCAGACUCUUGAUUGUUUAUAGUUUCAUGUUCAUAUUAAUUAUUUUUGUUAUUUACAAAAGCAGUAAAGAGAAACUAGUUUUAAGAGUCCUGCUACCUGUCAUAUCUGCAUCUCGCUGCGUUUGUGUCCGUGCUGCAUACCCGGGAAUCACGUUUCUGCCUGCAGAUGCAGCCAGUUGUUGUCCUGGUCUUCCGAUGACGGUGUCCCUUCUCUCAAGGCCUGUGGGGGGGGGGGGGGGGGGGGGCGCGCGCACACGUGGCGGUUUUGCUAAACACACCUUGGCUUGGCGAUAUUGCCAAGGCUCUCAACAAGAACAUUGUUGUUCUUUUGCCGAGUCGCGACCGAGCUAUCUGGACCUUGAGAAGGCAUUGACUGGAGCAGUGCUGAACUUUUACACCAAUUUUUUAAGCAAUAACAAACCAAACCACCCCCAUCAAUGCAGUGAAGAUUUGGCUCGGGGAAACUUCCAAAUGUUCCCAGUCCGCUUGCGACUGCUAGACCUGACUCGUGCCAAACUCAUGUUGAGGAGUUGUCUUAAUAGAAACACCGGCAUGGAUUUUGAUUGGCUCUGUCUUGCGUUAUUGUCUGUGCCAGAUACGUGGCGCACGUUAAACUGACCCACGUGUGUGUUCGCGCGCUAGGGCUGAGAGAAGCGGUGUCUCUUGAAGCUAGGAUACACGGGGACGUAAGGGCCCUGAAUGGAUGAGCCCUCAAUGUGAACAAGAGGCUGGAAUUCCAACCUAAGGCGUUUUGAAACGUGUUUUCUGAAUCCUUGUGGCGUCGCGAUGUUCGGGCGUGCUCGCAACGAGCUGCAGCGUCUCUCUCGCAGCCUUGAUAUCGCCACAGAGCUCGCGUGCAGCCUACAGCGGUGGCCAUCCGCACGCCAAUUCAAGUAUCCGGUGCUGCACGCAGACCAAGAAGAGGAUUUCUUGCGACCGCCUGACCAAUAAAAACUGGCGCAGCAGUCGCGUGACCGCGUGAAGAAAAUUUAAAAUCAAAAUAAGGUUGUGUAGUCUGGGGGGAAAUGGGGAGGAAAAUGGUGUUCACACUUUUGAAUAUGGUGCUGUCAUUUUCAAACGCUUAGAAUGCACCGGAACUUUGUUGGACUUCAAAAGCUAAGCAGAAUUGAGCCUUCAUAGUGUUUGGAUCUUUGACCACCAUACUCAGUAGCAGGUGUUGUAAGCUACAUUGUUGGAAAAGGGCAGUUUAGGACCAAAUCCAUUGUUUACAGGACUGUGCUCCCAACAGCUAUGGCUCCCUGCCUUCAGUGACCGGCAAGGUGAAGUAUCGUCAAAUAACCCUCGCUGCCCACAUGGAGAGUGUAGGCCCUCGUCCCGCAGUGAAAUUAACAAAAGGGCUGUACUUGUCGAGUGCAAGUAAUCUUAAGAGUGAUUUGUACAAAAAGCAAUACUUGACCGUUUGUCUUCGCUUCUCGGACAUGAGCACCGCGCCAGUCACGUGGGCUUGGUCCGAGCCCAGUCCUCGAUGGGAAGGUCGUGCUGAUUGUACUGCGUAGAACUUCUUUCACAUCGUACGUAGCCAAUCGUGCUAAUCGGAGGAAUGAGUUUUCACGCUUGAUGUGUUUGCGGUGACGGUGAGGCUACAAAACGCUGCUCUUUAGCCACUUGUUGGGGGGGGCCUUGAUGAACCCAUUCGACCUCGUCCACUGAACCCUGUUCCAGUCUAAAGUGUUUACCGAACCGGCCUUAACCGCUCAGCGAGCUGCCCGCGUGGCUGCUGCCCGAGCUGCAGCGGAAUCUGCCGUGAGACACCGGGGUAGAAGACGUUUUCGACACGUGGUGGUCUCAAGGAUGAAUGUUGGUUGCUUUAUUGAAUGCGUGCUCUGUUGCUGGACCGCUGUGAGAUCCGCGUACGUGUGCCCUGCAAAUAUUCUCGAGAGGAGCGUCGCGUUACUCCUGGCAUUUGUUUGUAGCCCGGUGCAACAUCGGGGAAGGACUUUAAAUUACAACGCCAUCGCUCGUAAAAUCCAUAUCUGGUUUUGAAACGUGAAACAUUAAAUCUCAACUCAUUAGGGUUUUUAUUCGUGGCCCAGGGAAGUGGAAUUGGAGAUGGUGUGUGGGACCACGCUGCGACUGACAGGGGAGUGGUUGUGUGUAAAACCACGACCCUUGAUCUCGGCCUUCCACAGAGACACGACAGAGUUCUCGGUGGAACGAUCACUUUUUGUUGUUUGAGCGCGUCUCGGUGCACACAUACAAACCUGCGCCAUUCUUGGUGUAUUUUACUGUCCUUGUUUACAAAAUAUUGUAUUUUAUUGGGCACAAGUACACAUUUACGUAAACUAACGCGAGAGGGAGAUCUGCGUGUAAACCAUCAAAAAAAUUAAAAUGUGAAGAUUUUGUCAUUUUAAACGGCAGUUUUAAACCAUUUUUUUCCUUUAAAAAAUCAAGAUGUCAGCACUUUGCGUACUUAUUAAACAUGUUGGAACGUCUACAA